AAAUGAAAUACUAGAAGGCAGCUACAGCGUCACAAUGGAAGAAAUACCAAACAUCAACAGCAAUGGUAUUAAUGUGAAAAGUGAACAAAUUAGUGAAAAUGACGAACAUUUAUCUACAAUUAACAACGAAAGUAUUAAACUUGAAAAACAAUCAACUAUAGAAUAUAUUAAAGUUGAAAUGUUACAAGGGAUUGACAGUGAUACAGUGCAAGAUGGACGAAUUAAAAAUGAAUUUCCAGAAGACAUCAAUUAUGAUACAAUGGGACAAAUAGUUAAAUAUGAAGAAGUUCAUGACAAUGGCGAACCAAACACAGAAGUGAUUUUUAAAAAUGAAAUAUUAGUCGAUGAAAGUGUUUUAGAAUCACAGCGGAUAAAUACUAGAAAAAAAUUAUAUUCAUGUGAUACUUGCGGUAAAAAAUUUAAUCAGAAAAAUCAUUUAGUAAAUCAUGAGCGGAUCCACAGUGGUGAAAAACCAUUUACUUGUGAUAUUUGUAAUAAAGCUUUUACUCAAGAAAUUAGUUUGAUUAAGCAUAAAUUGAUUCACAACGGAGAUAAACCAUUCACGUGUGAUAUUUGUAAUAAAGCAUUUACUCAGAAAAUUAGCUUGGAUACACAUAAAUGGACUCACAGCGAAGAAAAACCAUUCUCGUGCGAUAUUUGUAAUAAAACUUUUACUCAGAAAGUAAGCUUGGUUAAACAUCAAUGGACUCACAGUGGAGAAAAACCAGUUACAUGUGAUAUUUGUAAUAAAACAUUUACUACUCAACACAGUUUAGGUCAACAUAAACGAAUUCACAGUGGAGAAAAACCAUUUUCAUGUAAUAUUUGUUAUAAAUCAUUUAAUAGAGCAAAUAUUUUAGUUGGGCAUAAACGAAUUCAUACUGGGGAGAAACCAUUUUCAUGUGAUGUUUGUAACAAAACAUUUACUGAUAAAAGUAAUUUAGUUCGACAUAAACGACAUCACAGUGGAGAAAAACCAUUUUUAUGUGAUAUUUGUAAUAAAUCAUUUAAUAGUCAAGCACAUUUAACUAUCCAUAAACGAAUUCAUAGCGGGGAGAAACCAUUUUCAUGUGAUAUUUGUAAUAAAACAUUUACCGAUAAAGGUAAUUUAGGUAAACAUGAACUUAUUCAUACCGGGGAGAAACCAUUUGAAUGUGAUUUUUGUGAUAAAUCAUUUAAUAGAUCAAACGUUUUAGUUAGGCAUAAACGAAUUCAUAGCGGGGAGAAACCAUUUUUGUGUGAUAUUUGUAAUAAAACAUUUGCUGAUAAAAGUAGUUUAGUUACACAUAAACGAAAUCAUAAUGGAGAGAAACCAAUCAAAAACAAUUUGGAAUGUGGAUUUUCGGGCUAAGAGGUACUCUAUCUAGAGUUUUUAAUACGAAUCUACGAUAAACAACACUUACUAAUACAGUGAAUAAGCCGGAAAAAGUGUCCCAAAAUUUUUUUGAAAUACUUAUUUUAGCUUAAAAUUGUA